AUGGCGCUCUCCAUGCGCGCCCCUCGGCUGUCUUGCAAAGUCUCUCUGAGGUUUGGGGUUCGAGUCCUCGGAAGCACGCUGGCUGUCCUCCGCCUCCUCCGGGGCGAGGGUGCGGCGUUUACGGGCAGGCGCCUGUGCUCGUCGGGACCCCCGUUUAGGCUCCUCUUCUUCGGCUCGGACCACUUCGCUGUGGAGUCCCUUAAAAUCCUCGAGGCUGACAGAAGCGGCAGGGGUGGCGUCGUGUCAUCGUUGGAAGUAGUGACGCUGAGUGACGAUGUCCCUGUGGCGGACUUUGCCCGGCGUUGUCAUCUCCCCCUGCAGCGAUGGCCGCCGGGCAACUUGAGUGGGCGCUUCGACGCGGGUGUGGUGGUGUCCUUCGGGUGUUUGCUCAGGCGACGGCUCAUCGAAGAGUUUCCACGCGGCAUCUUGAACGUCCAUCCCAGCCUUCUCCCUCGUUGGCGUGGCCCCGCGCCCAUCUUCCACACCAUUCUAAACGGAGACGCCGUGACGGGUGUGACCAUCAUGCAGAUACGGCCUCACAAGUUCGACACAGGUCCCAUCCUGAGCCAGACUCUCCACCGGGUGCCCGAGACCAACACGUCCGAGCAGCUUGCAGACGCCCUCGCCGUUAAAGGAGCCCGGCUGCAGCUCCUGGACACGUUACAGACUUUACCUCAAAAGAUGGCCGACAUGCGAGAGCAGAGCCAGAACGGCGCCACCUUUGCCCCCAAGAUCAGCUCCUCCAUCUGCUGGCUUUCCUGGGAGGAGCAAACGUGCAGACAAAUCGACCGACUCUACCGAGCCGUCGGCUCCAGGUUUCCUCUGCGGACCACGUGGAUGGGUCACACCAUCAAGCUGGGGGACUUUGCGGGGAGUUGUCAGGUCUCGUGGACUCCUCCGCCGCCGUCGCCGGGCUCUGUGAUCUUCCGCAAGGAGUCGGACGCGCUGGCCGUGCGCUGCAAGGACGGCUGGGUGAGCUUCAAGACAGUGGUCCUGAAGAAACGUCUGACGGCGGCCGACUUUUAUAACGGCUACUUGCACCGAACGGCCGGGCCGCACGGCGAUGCCGUCUUUGUCAGCCCGCCUGGGGGAGGGCCGGAAAGCCGCGCCAACAAAAGUACCACCCACUGUUCCUGA